UUUCUGACUUAGUCAGCCACAGCAUGAAAACCACUGCAGUUGUGAUUUUGUUAAGUUUUAGUUUUAGUUUUCUAAUUAAUGGGCAAUCUGUUAGAAAAAUUCCUGGUAAGAUGGAAAUUCCACUAAAUUAAAAUCAUAAAUUUCUCCUUAUUUAAGAACUCUGUACUAUGGGUGUGGUUUUAAUCAGACAACGUGUGAUGUGCGAACCUUUACGUCCUUUAUGGGUCCUUCGAAAGGGCAGAUGCGUGGAGGCUCUUCAUUGCCGUAAUGGUUACUCGAAAUAUCAAUGCGAGAGGAAUUGCCUUAGAUCUAGACCAAGACCUCCACCAAAACCUGUACCAAUAGUUAAACCAACACUGACAACACCAAAGCCAACACUCACAACUUGUAGAACAACAAAGGUUGAAAUUAGGACCACAACGGUUCAGUAUGCGACAUCGACUAGCUCUGAUCUAGCCUCUACGAGAGAAACUAGAAGGCCUAGAAGAACUAGAAGGCCAAGAAGAUAUGAAAUGAAAGAGAUAUGCGAAUAAAGUUUGAUCUCCUGAAGGUUAAUUCAUACUAAAAUCAUCUUUAACUUGAAUUCUUUAACAAUUAUAUAAACUAAAUGCUGAUAUCAAACCUCACCUUUUUAUAUAACACCUCACCUUUCAUAUAUUAUUUAUCUUUCAGAACAUUCACAUCAACUUCCAAGAGCCUCCUAAUUAGGAUUUAUGAAGCUUUUUUAGUGCGGAAACCAUAAGCUCUACCAAAUUAGCAAAUCAUUUAAAUAACAUAAAAUCCCCAUGAAGUCGAGGGCAGGCUUCAGUUUUCUUUCCCAUAAAAAGUAUUUUCACGUCCAUUGAAAAUCAUCGUAACAAAAACGAAGGGCAAAGGCGAACAAUGUGCUAUAUUUUUGCAAAAACGAACAAUAUGCCGAUACAGGAACCGACACACUCAACUGCGAAGGGAAAGCAAUAAUCAUUAGGCCAACAAAGGGACUACCUCCCCACCAAGCCCAGGGAUUCAGCUCGGCCAGGCACUUCUAUCGGGUUGAGUGCGUUGUCAACCGCUGACCAGGCACAAAAAAAAAAGAAAAAAAG